AUGGGUGGCAAGAGAAUUCUUGGUAUGUGCUGUCAUCAGUGUUGCGAGUGUUAUAACUGCUGCAAGGCACUAGAUGAGGUAUCUGCUGAUGACUACAUAGAUAAGAAAAAGAAGCUUAAGAGCAAACUCCACAAAGACAACUUUUGUAAACAAAUGCUAAGAGGCUUUGGAGGUUUUUCUGUUGCCAUUAUGCUAACAGCCAGCUAUGCCCUAAUUGUCUUAUUUGUGAAACACUACAACUUGUGGUUCUGCCUUGUUUCCACCGUGUGUAUCGGUUUUUUCCUCUCCAUGGCCAUGGCUCUAUCCGAGAAAGUCCGGGCCACAGUGUUCCUUAUGUUGCCAUCAUACUUCUCAUCUCAGGCGGAAGCUGUUAUUAUAGUAGUGAUUUUAUCAUUGACCAUGCAGGGACCAGUUUAUAACAUAUUGGAAAAUUUUCACCAGUCAGCUCGUUCAGUCUCAUGCGGAGUUGAACUUGCAAUUAACCAAACCAAGGAGCUUCUGGAGAAGGCAAAACAUCCAUUAGUGGGUGCAAUCGACUAUCUCAAAAACGCUGGCAGAAAACUGAAAUUUGUCGGAGACCGUGCCAGAAAGAUGUAUAAGGCUAUUGUAAGUGGAGUGAAACAUGCAGGACGGAGUUUGCUGAGGGUCUGGAGAUUUAUGGUCCAUAUGGAAGAAAUCUGUAAUGAAGAACUUGGGACCCCUUAUGCUAGAUGCAUGAAAAUAUUUGAUGAUGGGAAGAACAAAUGCAGGAAAGCUCUGUCAUUUCUUGCUUUCCUCUGCUAUGUUGUUGACAUAUUUCAACCACUGUGUGGACUGGCCAAGACUCCUUUGCUAUUCUGCCUGAUUCCACGUUAUGUGGAGAAUUUUAUGAAUAAGCGCAUCAAAAACCCAAUUGAAAACAUGUUGAAUAAGCUAAAAGGCCAGUUUAAGUUCAACAUGACAAUUAUUCAUGACUUUGAUGUGCACAUAAACUCAAGUCAGCAUACCAGUGAAAUGGCUUAUAGUAUUAUGACUAAGGUGCAGGAAGUUAUGGACCCAUAUGUGGAACUUCUUGGCAUGAUAAGUUAUUCAGUGCUGAUUGUCAACAUCUAUGUCUACUAUAUGGCCCUUAUGUACCGCAGACAGUACCUAUUUGAUGACAACUAUGAUAACAUUUAUAUUACAAGGAAAUUUAUUGAGCUGGAUGUAAUGAGAGCAAAGCAAGGAAGAAGAACCCUUCUUCCACUCAACAGCAUAGAGGCAUACCACUUCAUUCGACCAAGCUCACUUUUCCUCACAAGAAAAGAGAUAAGAGGCUACACAUUUAAGAUAUUCAACAUCUUCAGAACGCUGCUAGUGGUAGUAUUUGUAAUAAUCAUAGAUUACCUCAUCUUCUGGGUGCUAGACAUGGUCGCAUACCUGCUGGACGCUGAGGUGGUGGCCAGAGCUCCUGUGGUCAUCAGUGUACAUGUGAAUGGAUCGGGUUACACUGCCGACAUUUACAGAAACAUUGUGGCUGCAUUUGACAUACUGCAGAGGGGUAAUGUAAGCGUUGUCUCCAAGAAAUGUGCCAUUGUUCCGUCAGAACCGGACUACAGAGGAUAUGUCCUCCUCGGUGUUAUGUUCGGAGUUGCCUUCUUUAUUUCUCUGUUUGGGGUUUAUAUCAACCGCUUAAGACACUCCAUCUGUGCCUGGUACUACCCAUCACGGGAGCAGGUAAAGUUGGGAAAAGAAGAAAAUGUAUUUUUAAAAACAUUUCUUAUGGGCAGUUGA